AGGAGGCGCAUUUCCUUUGGCCGCUUCAGGGAGCAUCGCGCACAGGUGCUCCGAGACACUCUGGAGAGAGAAGUUGGGAGCUGUGAGUCACCCCGCCCCAGUGCUGGGCCCCGGGAGAGGCCGGGCGGGGCUGUCAUUUCUCCCCAGGAGCUGACCCGCGCUGCCGGGACUCAAGAAGCUCUUAAACUUCGUCGGAUCGCUCCCCAGCGAUGCCCCGGAUCGGGGUUCUCCUGCUCCUGAUACUUGGCAUUCUCGCUGAAUCAUUGACUAAAGAUGAUAAUGCCCAAGUGACUAAUACCUACUCUGAGCUGUUGAAAUCGAGUAAGAACAUUACCAAAAGGGAGUCCGGGUGCCCAGAAGGCCAACAGCGUCAGGGCAGUUUCUGCUGCCUGCCAUGUCUUCCUGGUGAACGGAAAAAGGAUGACUGCAAAGCUGAUGGGGACAAACUAGUCUGUGAGCCCUGCCCGGAAGGGAAGGAGUACACAGACAAGGAACAUUAUUCUCCUAAGUGCAGAAGAUGCGGGAUUUGUGAUGGAGAACAUGGCUUAGAAGUGGAAAAAAACUGUACCAAGACCCAGAAUACCAAGUGCAGAUGUAAGCAAAACUAUUUUUGUAACACUCCACCAUGCGAACACUGUGACCCUUGCCGCACGUGUGAACAUGGAAUCAUUGAGGAUUGCACACCAACCAAUGACACCAGAUGUAAAGAAGGAUCCAUAUCUCGUUCACACUGGGCGUGGCUCCUGCUCCUGCUCCUGGUUCCAGUAGCUGCACUAAUAUUUUGGCUUGUGAAAAGACAGCGCCGGAAUAAUAAUCGUUCCUAUGAACCUACACCUCCAGAUACUGAAAUACCCCCAGUGAUUGCUCCAGACGUUGACUUGACUGACUACAUUAGCACUAUUGCUGAGCGAAUGACAAUAAGUGAAGUUAGAGAUUUUGUUCGGAAGAAUGGUCUCAAAGAAGCCAAAAUAGAUGAAAUCAAGAAUGACAAUCUCCAAAAUACAGCUGAACAGAAAGUCCAGCUGCUCCGUAAUUGGUAUCAAGUUCACGGGAAGAAAGACGCAUUUGCCACUUUGAUUACAGGUCUCAGAAAAAUCCAACUUUGUACUCACGCAGAUAAAAUUCUAGAUAUAGUCCAAAAGGACAUUGCUAGUAAACGUGAAAAUACUAAUUUCACAAAUGAAAAUGAAAGCCAAAACUUGGUCUAAAGUGAAAAACAACUAACUCAGUUUUGAGUAUAGACAAUCGAUUGAAAAAUUAGUGUUUGAAUAAGUUAACUGAGGGCUCUAAAUAUUGCUUAAGUUUUUACUGGGCAUAUUUUCCUUUUUACAUUUAUUAUACUUGCAGAGCUAUAUAUUUAUGUGUUUCAAGGACCUCAUGAUUCUGUCUUCAAGAAUAUUUAAAAUCUAGACAGGCCUGGUUAAGAAUAAAUGCAAUGGCAUGUUAAGUAUGCACAUAGGUGUGUUUGCAAAGACAAAACAUUGGGGUCACGCUCUAUUAUCUAAUGUAUAAUUCUGUAGAUGUAAAUAUAAUUACUGUACAAGAAUACAAAGGUCUGCCUACAGGCUGAACCCAUCCCUGAAUCAACAGAAGCUAUGACCUCUUGAUGCAGUGUCACAAUCACUGGAAAAAGCAACUUUGCCUUUAAUUUACCUCCCCAGUUCCAGGAUGAUUCUAGAGAUUUUACAAUACUUGUCAACUUUGUUUGAAACUCUGAGCAUAUUCAGGGAAAGCUUGUGUAUACCUCUGAAGGCAGAAUUUAAAUAAGGUUCUACUUCAGAGAUGUUUACAUAGAUUAUUGGCAUUUCAUUGUGAAACAUUUCAAUUUUGAAUUCACAUAGAAAAUGCCAACUCAGUUAUGCUUGAAAUUUUAUAUUUGUAUGCCAGCGUACUGCAUCAAAAUAAUCAACCACUUUCUCAGGUGCCAAAACAUUUCCAUCAGGAAGUAUUCCUAGAGCAUCCUCUUUGUUUUUUUCCUUGAUGUGUAUCUUCAUAGCCUCUACACUCCCAAACCUGGAAGCACUAUCUACGAAACACAAUGAGCCACUGUAAGUUAUGCUGCUCUUAGAAAUGUCUAGCCUGGUUUGGAGAGAUUCACUGCUCUUAUAAGAGGUAGUUCUGUGGUACUCAUGGACCGCCAAAGCUGACGAGGUAGUUUCUUAUCUUGCCCUGUCCCCCUCAAAAUGACUCCCCGUAUAUUCUCUUGCUACAAAUGCAGCUUAUACCCAGGUUUUAGGACUUGUUAUUUCCUGCAGCAUCUUAGACAAGCAAGCCCUUCGCCCCACUGCCACUUCCUUACUUCUACAUUUAGACACUUUAGAAAAUGUAAGUUAAUGUGAAUUUUAACAAAUUGUAUUUAUAUUUGUAUAGAUGUAAACUGAAGAUAGUUAUAAGCUGAAACAGAUAUCUCAAAAUACCUAAAUAGCUUCCACCGAAGGAAUCCCCCCCCCCUUAUGUUUGGAAAUGUAAAGUGUAGGUAAAAAUGUUUAAUUAAAAUCAUUUUUUGGUA